UUGGACACAUAAUACACUGUAACACCUAUCCGGUGCUCUUGUCCCCGCUGACCUGUCACCGGUACCCGCUUUCAUGUCCACGGCGGUGCUGAUUGCCGCUGCUGUCGGCGGUGGGGUCCUGUUCCUUAUUCGCCGUUUGUUCCCCGUCCAGAAAGCCGGGAAACUGCUCCGUUAUCCAGCCGACACAAUGCGGGGAAAGACGGUCAUCGUGACAGGGGCGAACAGCGGGAUAGGGAAGGCCCUGGCCGGGGAGCUGUUGAAGCUCCAAGCCCGGGUGAUUAUGGCCUGUCGGGACCAGCGGAGCGCCGAGCAGGCGGCCCAGGAUAUCAGAGAACAAGCGGGACCGGAGCAGGGGGAGGUGGUCAUCAGACACCUGGACCUCGCUUCUCUGGCAUCAGUCCGAAGAUUUUGUGAGGAGAUUCAUGAAGAGGAGUCCAAGAUUGACGUGCUCAUCAACAAUGCAGGCAUCUACCAGUGUCCCUACACGAAGACAGAGGAUGGUUUUGAGAUGCAGCUCGGUGUGAAUCACCUGGGCCACUUCCUUCUCACUCACCUGCUGCUGGACCUCUUGAAGACUUCAGCCCCCAGCCGCAUCGUUGUGGUUUCCUCUAAGCUUUACAAGUAUGGCCACAUCAACUUUGAGGACCUGAACAGUGAAAACAGCUACAACAAGGCGUUCUGCUACAGUCAGAGCAAGUUGGCCAACUUGCUGUUUACACUUGAGCUGGCUCGUCAGCUGGAGAGCACGGGGGUCACGGUCAAUGCUCUCACCCCAGGCAUCGUGAGGACUAGACUAGGCAGGCAUGUUCAAAUCCCUCUGCUGGCAAAGCCGCUGUUCUACCUCGCCUCGCUGAUCUUUUUCAAGAGUCCACUUGAGGGGGCCCAGACUCCUCUCUAUCUAGCCUGCUCCCCAGAGGUGGAGGGAGUGUCGGGGAAGUGUUUCGCUAACUGCGAGGAGGAGGAGCUGAAGGCCAAAGCUACAGAUGACCAGGCUGCGAAGAAACUGUGGGACAUAAGCAGCAGGAUGGUUGGACUCACUAACUAAGCAGAGUCCAGUUCAGUGGACGGUACCUCAGGGGAUUUAUGUGGUCUUGGACAAGAUAAUUAAUCCCUAGCAGUCCCACAAACUCUCUGCGGCGAGAGAUGGCUUGUGAAAAGACAGAUUGCCACCUUUGGGAUAAAACCAUUAACUGACUGACAUAUUGUGCCAGUGAAGUGUGUAAAUUAAGUCUCUGUGAGCAAGUGUGCUGAAAGUAUAUUCCAGAGAGUUGAUCACAGUUUGUAUAAAAUUUGAAAAAUAAAUAAACAUGCCUAUAAAAUU